AUGCGACUGCUUCACCGCAAAGAUGACGGCGGCUUUUGCUUAGUUCAGUGUCCCGAGAACCAAACACCUCACUAUGCUAUACUAUCCCACACGUGGAUCGGAGACGACGGAGAGGUUACCUUCGAAGACAUGAUGGACGGAAAUGCUCAUUUGAAGGCUGCCAGCUACAACAAGAUUCUCUUUUGUGUGGAGCAAGCUGCCAAGGAUGGCCUCGAAUAUUCCUGGGUAGACACCUGUUGUAUCAACAAAUCAAGCAGUGCAGAGCUGCAGGAGGCCAUCACAACGAUGUUUGCCUGGUACCGCAAAGCCUCAAGGUGUUAUGUCUAUCUAUCAGAUGUUUCGACGACACAGGGUCCUCUGUGGGAAUCGACUUUUCGGAACAGCAGGUGGUUUACUCGAGGAUGGACUUUGCAAGAGCUCAUUGCACCGACGUCCGUUGAGUUCUUCUCAGUCCGGGGCACAAGAUUAGGCGAUAAGAAGUCGCUCGAGACGCUGAUUCAUGAGAUCACUGGGAUCUCCCAUCAGGCUCUACGCGGCGCUGAUAUGUCGGAUUUCAGUGUUACCGAGCGACUGUCGUGGGCGGAGAACCGGCAGACUCAACGGAAAGAAGACAAAGCAUACUCUUUGCUCGGAAUUUUUGGUGUUUUCAUGCCCCUGAUUUAUGGAGAGGGAAGCAACGCUUUCAUACGGUUGCAGGAAGAAAUUGAGAAGAAGCAUGCGGAUGUUGCCAGACAGAAUGAGUUACUGUCGAAGCUGCCCGUGGUUCCUCAAGCGACAUUCAACUCAUUAGAAAAUCAGCACAGGUCCACGUGUCUUCAAGGCACUCGAGUUGAGCUGCUGAGAGAGAUUUUGGAAUGGGCUGAUGGGCCAGACAAGAGUUGCAUCUUCUGGCUCAAUGGCAUCGCGGGCACGGACGAUAGCCAGGACGUUUCAUGA